GUUCGGCCACCCCGGGACUGAGGGAGGCUCUGUGGUUCCGUGUCUGCGCUGUGACCCGCGGUCGGGAGCUGUGGGGAGAGCGGGGCGAGCUCGGAAUCCGCCAUGGAUGCAGUGACCUAUGAGGAUGUGCAUGUGAACUUCACUCAUGAAGAGUGGGCUUUACUGGAUCCUUCCCAGAAGAGUCUCUACAAAGAUGUGAUGCUGGAAACCUACUGGAACCUCACUUCUAUAGGGUACAAAUGGGAAGGACACAAUAUUGAAGAACGUUGUCAAAGUUCUAGAAGACACAGAAGGUAA